AUGUCUAGAAGUGAUAUGCAGAAUUUCAGCAACGAAGACGGAGCUGGUGGAUCUUCCUCGAAGCAUCCCUAUAGUUGUGCUUUUUGCGAAACGGCUUUUACUAGUUUCAACGACCUCAUUGUCCACACACGUAUUCAUACUGGACAAAUGCACACUCACUCCGACAAGACACUUUACCACUGUAACGAGUGUUCACGAGCCUUCAGCAAAAAAUGUAAUCUUAAAGAGCACAUGCGCACUCACUCCGAUCAAAAUUAUUUUAACGUUGUAGAUAUGAUGCGAUAUCCACCACCAGAUACAAAAUUAACUAUUCGCUACAGCAAUUGUAUUUUGUCGGCGACAAUGUUCAGAAGUGGUAUACAGGAUUUUAGCAACGAAGACGGAGCUGGUGGAUCUUCCUCGAAUAAUCUCAAUGGCUGCACUGUUUGUAAAAGAACUUUUACUAAUUCCAACGAGAUUAUUCACCAUACAUGUUUACCGACUGGACGUAUGCAGAUUCACUCCGGCGAAAGACCUUACUCUUGUAAUGAAUGUCCACGAGCCUACAAAAAUAAAUAUAAUCUUACAUGUCAUAUGCAAACUCACUAUGAUCUCACAUGCGGACUCACUCCGGAGAAAGACCUUACCGCUGCAACGUGUGUUCACAAGCCUUCAGAAAACAAAGUAUUGGCCUUGUCUAUAAGAUUGAUAGUAGGAAAUUGUAGUGCUAAUCCAAAAGAAUUGAUUAUACACUUGGAUUGUAUUUUGUCGGCGACAAUGUUCAGAAGUGGUAUACAGGAUUUUAGCAACGAAGACGGAGCUGGUGGAUCUUCCUCGAAUAAUCUCAAUGGCUGCACUGUUUGUAAAAGAACUUUUACUAAUUCCAACGAGAUUAUUCACCAUACAUGUUUACCGACUGGACGUAUGCAGAUUCACUCCGGCGAAAGACCUUACUCUUGUAAUGAAUGUCCACGAGCCUACAAAAAUAAAUAUAAUCUUACAUGUCAUAUGCAAACUCACUAUGGUGAGAGACCUCAUCAAUGCAACAUGUGCUUCAAAACCUUUCAAUACAAAUGUCAUCUCAGAUCUCACAUGCGGACUCACUCCGGAGAAAGACCUUACCGCUGCAACGUGUGUUCACAAGCCUUUAGAAAACAAAGGUAUCUUACAGUUCAUAUGCAUACUCACUCCAGCGAAAAACCUUAUCACUGCAACGAGUGCUCAAUGACCUUCAAACACAAGGCUAAUCUUACAACUCACAUGCGGACUCACACCGGCGAAACACCUUACCGCUGCAACGUGUGUUCACGAGCCUUCAGUCAAAGAUCUGAUCUCACAACUCACAUGCGCAUUCACUCUGGCGAAAGACCUUACCACUGCAACGUGUGCUUCCAAACCUACCGUACAAAUCAUUAUAUGGUGCUUUUAAGCCGAAAAUUGAAUGAAGCUACUUCUAGUUUUGGAACUUUUGUGUUCUGUAAAAAAAAAUUCUGGUACCUGACAGAAAGUUUUAACUGCUGGAUAACAGAAGCAUAA